CCGGAAGUACUUGGUGUUUUGAUGUUGGCUAAUGUUGUGGUCAUGAAAGGAGAAAACACUUUUUAGCCGGGCCAACAUCUUCAGCUAUUAGACUGAAGACGCUGCUCAGAUUUACCUCCGCCAUGAACUGUCUGAGCUGAUGAAAAAAAAAGUCUUGGUGCUGAAUGAAGGCAGACGGUUUGCUAAUUUGGUGAUUUUACGAUAAGUAAAGUGUUAGCUGUUAGCUGGCUAACAGAAACAAGUUUUGCUCAGCAUGGACUGUACAGCGCUGGAACUCGAUGCUGUGAAAUUUGCCAAAACAGCUGUAACUUAUGACCAAAAUGCCAAAUAUAACGAGGCUGUGUUUUAUUAUAAGGAGGCAGCCCAGGCUCUUAUUUAUGCUGGCAUGGCAGGAUCCAAACUGGACGGACUACAGGACAAAGUGAAUGAAUACUUGGACCGGGUUCAGGCCCUUCACAAUGCAGUCCAGUCACAGAAAUGUGACCCACUGAAGUCCCGGCAACAGGUGGAUCUAGAGCGUGCCCACUUCCUGGUUACUCAGGCCUUUGAGGAAGAUGAAAAGGGGAAUGAUGAUGAAGCGAUUGAGCUGUACACCCAGGCCGUGGAGCUGUGCAUUCAAACGUCAAAUGAGACAUCUGACCAAACACUUCAGACCAAGUUGAAGCAGCUGGCUAGACAAGCUUUGGACAGGGCGGAGGGUCUCAAAGAAUUCCAGUCCAAAUUAACUUCUCCACAGACUCAGGACAGGACAGGACCUUCUGGUGCGAAGGUAAGCGCCGGUGCCGGAGGAUCUGCUCGCCAGUUUUUCCCCCUCGGGUCGGACUUUAGUCUCCACGACCGACCGCAGCCCCAUCCAGUCCGGGCGGUCCAGUCCAGUGAGCCCCAGGGUCAGCGCUACACAGCAGAGGAGAUCGAAGUGCUCAGGAGUACAUCUAAAAUCAAUGGCAUUGCCUAUGUGCCCUUCAUGAGUGUUGACCUGAAGGAGCGAUUUGCAUUCCCUGUUCCUUUCUCAGACAAAACAGGGAAACUUGCUUUGUCACCCAAACAGAAAGCCAUCUUCUCUCGCUGGGUUCGGCCAGAUGAGAUCAGCAAUAAUCCCACCAUGAUCAUGUCUGUGUCCAGCUUCAGCAUCAAACAGACUGUAGUCUCUGACUGUUCGUUUGUGGCGUCACUGGCAAUCAGUGCUGCUUAUGAGAGGCGCUACAACAAAAAACUUAUCACCAGCAUCAUCUACCCUCAGAACAGACGAGGGGAGCCAGAGUACAACCCAUGUGGAAAGUACAUGGUUAAACUUCACAUCAACGGAGUUCCCAGAAAGGUGAUUAUAGAUGACUACCUCCCAGUGGAUCAUAAUGGAGAGCUGCUGUGCUCCUACUCCAGCAACAAAAAUGAGCUGUGGGUUUCUCUGAUAGAAAAGGCUUACAUGAAAGUGAUGGGUGGCUACGAUUUCCCUGGCUCCAACUCGAAUAUUGAUCUGCAUGCACUCACUGGCUGGAUCCCCGAGCGCAUUGCUAUGCACUCUGACAAUCAGUCCUUUAACAAGGAAGACACCUUCCGCAUGCUCUUUCAGAGAUUUCACAAGGGUGACGUUCUCAUCACCACAGCGACAGGGGUGAUGACAGAGGAGGAAGGAGAGAGAUGGGGUUUAGUGCCAACUCACGCCUAUGCAGUUCUUGACAUCAGGGAAUACAAGGGAAUGCGUUUUCUGCAGCUGAAGAAUCCGUGGAGUCAUCUGCGGUGGAAGGGGCGCUACAGCGAGCGCGAUGAGAAAAACUGGACUCCGGAGCUCCUCAAAUACCUCAACUUUGACUCCAAGACAGCACAGAAGUUUGAUAAUGGUGUUUUUUGGAUUGCUUGGGAGGAUCUCUGUCAAUACUAUGAUGUCAUUUAUCUAAGCUGGAGCCCUGGUCUGUUUAAGGAUUCCUCCUGUAUUCAUAGUAGCUGGGAUGGAAAGCAGGGACCAGUGAAGGACGUCUACAGUCUCGCCAACAAUCCUCAGUACAAGCUGGAGGUUCAGUGUCCAGCAGGGGGCGCUGCGGUUUGGGUGCUGCUCACCAGACACAUCACUGACAAGGAUGAUUUUGCUCAAAACAGGGAGUUUAUCACACUGGUUGUUUACAAGACAGAUGGCAAGAAGGUUUACUACCCAGCCGAACCCCCACCUUACAUUGAUGGAAUCCGCAUCAACAGCCCCCACUACCUGACCAAGAUGAGGCUGACCACCGCAGGAACACACACCUUCACUCUGGUGGUUUCCCAGUAUGAGAAACAGAACACCAUCAACUACACACUGAGGGUGUACACAGGAUGCAAAUUCUCCUUCUCCAAGAUACCAAAUCCCUUCACUCAUACAAAACGGAUCAACGGCCAGUGGAAAGGUCUCAGUGCUGGUGGAUGUGGAAACUAUAAGGACUCUUACAAACACAACCCCAUCUAUCAGAUAAACCUGGAGCGGUCCGGACCACUGCUCAUUGAGCUGCGUGGAUCCAGGCAGUACAGCGUUGGGUUUGAGAUGGUGACGGUGUCGACGGUGGGUGAUCCAGGCCCGGCUGCCUUCCAGAAGAAAAGCAGUGGAGAUUACAGAUGUGGUUUCUGCUACAUGGAGGUGGACCUGGUCCCAGCAGGCAUCUACAACGUCACCCCCAGCACCUUCCUGCCCAAACAGGAAGGACCCUUCUUCCUGGACUUUGGCAGCACUGCACCCCUCAAGGUCUCUCAGCUUCAAUGAAGAUGAAACUCGCUAGAAAAAAAAACUGAGCUGGGACGGACAGAAAGGUACUGAAGAGAGGAAGGCUUCAUGGGAUUUUUUUCAAAAAUUGCAUUUUGAAUCUAAAUUAAGUAAAAAGGAGCUUAAUGAGCUAAGAGUCCAAAAAGUGACUGCUGCUUGGGGGUCCCUGCCUUCUCUUCUCAAACACAAGCUUAAAUGGACAGAUGAUGAACCUGGACUUUGACGUGGACUAUUGUGAAGAAAAAAACUGAAGAAAUGACUGUUGAAUAAUGUUUAUAACCACAAAGAUGUUAUGAGAUUAAAAAAAAUCACAGUUUCACUCAUUUUUAUCACCAAAUCCUACUUUUGCCAUAAUCUGACAGAUAGUUUUAUCAAAUGGAAUAAUUAUUAUCAGCCUUUUUGAUGUGCAAACACAUUUUAAAAGACAACUCAUCAUGAGUAGAAGAAAUCGGGCUGAAAUGAGCUGAAAUAUUGUUGCCAAGGAUGCUUAGGAGACUUUCUUCUUCUUUAUAGAUUCUGUUUUGUUGCAUUAAUCCAGUGGUUUUAAAUUUCACUUCUCGUGACCCCCCUUUACCCUGCAUGUUUCAGUUGUUUCCCUGCUUUUGCGCACCUGAUUUAAAUGUGAUUGGCAGGCUUCUGCAGAACUUAAAGAAAUACUGAAGAGGGAAACAACUAAAACAUGCAGGGUAGUGGGUCUGGAAUUAGAGGACCGCAAUUGAGAACCACUGCAUUAAUCACCUCAGCAGUAGACAGAAAAUCUGACAUUAUCAUUAAGAUUCACAGUUAAAAAUGAGUUCAAUCGAUCCAGUUUGUAUUUAUGAAUUCUAUCUUAACCCUCUCAAUUCCUUACAAUACGUAGAAUAAACAAAAGUUUAUAGACAUGGACAAAACAAAGUUUGAUUGAAUGUUUAAGUAACUUGUUACUGCAGGAGUACAUGAAUGAGAAGCAGUUAGUUAGCAGUUAUCAAAGCGUUUAUUUAUUUAUUUUUAGUAAAUUGAAGGGGAACCUGCUCCAAGCUGGUGACAAAUGUUUGCAAAUAAAGUAGGGUUGGGCAUAA